GUUAAAGAUUUAUUUUAGAGGGAAAACCUUACAGUGAUAUCAGAUACAGCAGGUAUGAGUGAUAAUACCAAGAAAGAUAGCUGAUAUGCACACAAACACACACACCUUUUGAAAUAUCUAAGUCCCCACCCUCCACGGUACACAUACUGUAUAUUAGCUCUACAGGGAUGGGGGGAUUGAAUGUUCCAUUUCUUUGGGAGUGAUAGGAGUCAUCACAGCUGAGAUUGAUCAUGCCUUCAGUGUUAGGGAUAGCCCUGCUGACUUUUGCCCUCUCAGGGUCUGCAGUGGCCUUUGUCCCCAUCGGGGGUGGGGCAACCACUCAUGUCAGCAUUACGGGAACGGCUUUAUUGCAGAAAGUGAAAGAGACAUGCCGUAUGGUGGCAGAGGCUAAUGGUCAUGAGUUCAAACCCACGGGUUUGUCUCCUGAAGAGUUGGUCCAAGCCUGUUUAGGUCCGACAGCCACAGGAGAAGUAUCUGGGGCCAAGUUUCAUUCUGCUCUUCAAGAGAUCUACAUCCAGAACGGAUUGGUAGACCGUGACUUUGUCAGCAGUGCUCGCCACCACUUCAACUCGGAGAACUUUGUGCAGGGACGUGCUCUUAUUGUUGAGGGUAUGGCAGCCAUUAAGGCCAACAUUCAAAAGGAGAACUUCAAGGCUGCCAGGGAAAACCUGGGCAGAAUCCUUCAUACACUACAGGACUUUUACAGCCACAGUAACUGGGUAGAGUUGGGAAACACAACACCAUACAUCAACCUCAUACGGCCAGACCUUUCUCUGGAUAACCUGGCAGAUGUUGACACUCCCACCUGCAGCGACUGUGCCAGUGGAACAUGCCCUAAUACCAUACUCGCCAACAUCCUGAAUAAGAAGCAACUCACAUCGGGCUACAUGGGAAUCGUCUCCUCUAACAAGCCCCAAGGUAAAUGUAGCCAUGGAGGGGAAUCUGACCUGACAAGUACAAUACAUCCUCGCGGAGGCAUCAACAAGGACGAGCGCCGCAAGGACAAUGUGGCCCUUCACAACGCUGCUGUCACUGUAGCUACAGCUGCCAGCCUCGAGCUGUUGGAGGACAUCCGCUUAGUUGCCGGGAACGAUGACUAUCUGAGACUCAUGGGGAUCGCCCGUUCAGCAGUCGUGUGCUUUGUGAUUGACACCACCGGCAGUAUGUCUGAAGACAUUGAUGCUGCUAGGGAGGUUGUUUAUGAAAUCAUUGAAAGCAAAAAAGGAACACAGGACGAGCCAUCAGAGUACAUUCUGGUUCCUUUCAACGACCCUGACUUUGGACCCAUGAUCAGAACAACAGACCCUGAUAAGAUGAAAAGUGAAAUCGCUAAACUGAGAGCAUCAGGAGGUGGUGAUACCCCUGAGAUGUGCCUGUCAGGACUUAUGUUGGCUCUCACUGGUGCCCCUUCCUCCUCCAACAUCUAUGUUUUCACCGAUGCCGUAGCCAAAGACAUGUACCUCAAGGCCACCGUCAUUGCUCUCACCAGGAGCACUAAGUCCACGGUAUCAUUUUUCCUGACCGCACCCUUUAGGAGGCGCCGUCGUUCCACAAGUGCUCCCACCUUAGACGUCUACAAGGAGUUAGCUUUGGCCUCCGGAGGCCAAGCUAUCCAGGUUUCUAAGGCGGAUUUACCUCAGGCUACAGGCGUCAUCCUUGACACUUCCACUUCAGCUUUGGUAACAGUUAUUCAGCGUGCAAGGAACCCUGGGAAACAGGAGACCUUCCCCUUUAUUUUGGAUGAAUCGCUGAAAAAUAUCACUAUCUACAUCACAGGAACAAACAUUGCUUUCACACUGACCAACCCUGCAGGUGUGACCCAAAGUCAGGGUGACACCACCCCAAAACUGGGGACCCUACAAACAGUGGGCAACCUGUGGAGGAUUCGUCUCAACGCUGACAACCUUGUAGGAAACUGGCAGAUCAACGUCAACUCCAACCAGCAAUACGCACUUAAAGUCACAGGCCAGAGUACUAUUACCUUCAUCUAUAACUUUGUGGAAAGCUUCAAGGGACCUCACCCAGGUUAUGCAGUACUCAGUGGGCGUCCACAAGCAGGCCAGCCGGCCACUCUGAUGCUCUCCGUACUUGGUAGGAACGGUCCGUCAUCGAUUACCAUAGGAGAUGUUUCCCUGGUAACUGUUUCCGGCCCUGAGACUGCUAGCAACAGCACAACAUCGGAUAUGGGCAACGGAGACAUCCUGGUGACCGUUGAUGUCAUCCCUGAGGGGGAGUUUGUUGUCAGUCUGGAAGGAACUGACAAAGUGUCAAACAGUAACUUCCAGAGGCAGUCCACCACCCAGAUGUCCAUCUCCAAAGUCCACAUCAUGGCUGUGGUAGACAGCAGUGUGAAGCCAGGGGAAGUCUUCAAGCUCCCCAUAAGUGUCAUGACCCAGGGAGCUGGUGGCAUCUACAGCCUCAAUGCCAGGAAUGACAGAGAAUUCCCCAUGUCCGUCGAAACCAGUAUCAUCUUGGCAACUGGUGUAUAUACUAAUACUAGUCUGAAUAUUACGCCACCGGCCAACACUCCAUCAGGCACUGACGUCACUCUGACUAUCGAAGCCAUGUCGGUCAGCGGUACCGACUCCAAUUAUAUCGUUAUGAGAUUCUCCGUUCAAACCGAGAUCACAGAUUUCAUUCAGCCUGUGUGUAAAUGGAUGACCAUUCUGGCUGAUGCUUGCCCACAAGAUGUCUCAGAGUGUAAACCUUUCCAGUGGGAGGUUAUGGCCAGCCUUACGGACGGAAACGGCACCGGGAUAGAGAGGGUGGCCUUGCGGCAGGGCAGUGGAAAUCUCACCACCACCUCCCUGAGUGAUCCCUUCAUUCUGGCCAACUACACAGCCUCCUGCUGCUCACAAAUUGUCGAGAUAGUGGCUGUAGAUAAAGUUGGAAAUGUGGGCAGGUGCUAUCAUUCUAUUGUGCAUUCUGCUGGUCCUCCGGCUUUAACCAUGUCUCUUACAAUGUGGUUGGGCCUGCUGGUGUCUGCCCUUGUGACAAGGUUUUAAAGGGCUUAAAUUAGGGUGUUCAACAUCGGAUGUCUGUACUCUGGGUAAACCAUGUACAACUUAUUAAAAUAAACCUCAUCUAGUGAUGGUCUUCUCAUGCUGUGAUAUUGUGCUUUAAUAAAAAGUGAGCAUUGAUUAGGAAAAUGGAUGAUAAAGGUAUGCUUAUUUGUCUGAAAAUUAAAUAUCUGGCAUUUAAAAAAAUAUAUAGUUGUAUUUUAGGGUUUGAUGUUAUAUUAAUAUUUGUAACAUUAUCUUUGUGAACAAAAUAUGUUGGUGAUAAAAAAUAUGAGCAUUUCCCUAUUUAAUUUGAUGUAACCACAUUUAACAAUGGGAACAUAACUGUACAUUAAACACUUUCUUUUUAAGAUAUA